GAGGAAAAUGAAUAAUCCAUAAUUUUCCUCCUUUGCAUGCAUAUAAUUGGAAGGUGACCUGCGUAUUGGCGUGUUUAUCAGGCUGUGGUUCAUUUGACUCUUGGGCACUUUCCUUCACAACUGUCAUUCCGUGGAGAGCUGUCACUUAUUCAGGUGAUCAUGGGAGUAAGGUCUGAUGUCCUCAUUGUCUGUGUGGUGAUGUCCAUCAUUUUACAGAUGGCGUCUACCGAUAGGGACGGGAUCGGAAAGCCCAUGGAUUCAAAACUUAGUCGAAAGAAGAGGGCUGUUGGAUCUAUUAUCGCUGGAAUCGCCGGUGCGAUACCUACUGUACUACCAUUUGUGAGAGAUCUUUUAAGUUCUCGUAGAGCAGAUACUGAAAAGGCUGUGGAAGAGAUGAAGAAGGCGAUGGAAACAGAGAAGAUGACAGAGAAGCUGAACGGUAGAGCCGAGAUGCUGCUGGCUGUCCUCCAAGCUAAGAUGGCGAUGGAUGCUUCAUCUGCCACUGCCUGCAGCUGCAGCUGGUUGAUGGUGUCUUGUGCCACCUUUCUGGUGGCCUUCAACCUGCCCCGACACGUGCUCUGAAAUACCCGUGUGCCCAUAGUCCCGCUGGGCUUCAGAAAUUGCUUCUUUGCCUCAGGCUUUGACAACACCCAUUUCUACACCAAUCACUGAACUGCCUCUCGUAUCAUUCUUGCUUGGACAACAUCAUCCUCAACGCCACUCCCUGAACUCGCUCAUCAGGACAUUUGUUAACCUGGAAAUUUGUUAUUCCGGACAAGUGUAAAGAAGGAUAUUUGCUAAUUAGGAAUUUGUUAAACUGGAAACUUGUUAAUCCGGACAAGUGUGAAGAAGGAUAUUUACUAAUAGGAAUUUGUUAAACUGGAAACUUGUUAAUCCGGAGAUGAGUGAAAAAGGAUAUUUACUAAUAGGGAAUUUGUUAAACUGGAAACUUGUUAAUCCGGACAAGUGUGAAGAAGGAUAUUUACUAAUAGGGAAUUUGUUAAACUGGAAACUUGUUAAUCCGGACAAGUGUGAAGAAGGAUAUUUACUAAUAGGGAAUUUGUUAAACUGGAAAC